AGAUGACGCGCGAUGCGUGUGCAUGUGGUCGAUUUUACCUUGUGUUAAUUUUAUUGGUCGCUCAUUGCUCUAUUGCUAUUGGUGCGAUAAUCAAAUAGUCAUUAGAUGAAAAAGUCAACCUGAAUCAAGUUGGCCAGUGGGAUAGUCUUUUUGGUCUUCAUGGUACCUUCAGUACUACAGUCGUAUCACUUUAUUGGCUUGUAGUACUGUGAAAUGCCAACUUUUCUUUACUAUGAUAUGAUGUCAAAUCUAAAUGAAUAAAUUGAAAUGCCAACUGGUAUAAUAUUUUGAGGAUCAAUACGAUGACAGAAGUGAACGAAAACUCGGACUCUGGAAUUAAUUCUGCAUCCAUCCAAUUAAAUGAGGACGACUGGCUACAAUUACUACAGAAACUUACUCCCUCUAGUAUCGAGAGUCUUCAGCAAACCUUAAAACGGUUACAAACUCCCGAACAUAUCACAACAGAUAAGCCAAAUCCGUCAGUAUCUCUAAGCAAUCACUCUGCUGCGAUUCACCCUUCACAAUCCGUUAUUGGCCAAGCCCAUCCGAUUGUCAUGUCUCUCGGUAUGACGAAAGCACCUAUUGCUCCAGUGAUGGCAAUGCCCCAUGUUCUAAACAUUUCAAAAAAUGCAGGAAAUUCUCUCCCAGGGAGGAUAGUUCUUCCUUCAUCAGCACUUCUUAUCACACCCCAGGCUCCUGGACAGACGUACUCAUUAGAUUCCUGUGUACCAGUUGCUGAUUUGAGCAGAUUAGUUGUGACUAGUGGUUGUUUACCAAAUGCGACAACAGGCUUGCUCACGGCUGCAAGCGUACCUGACACUUUCAGUAGUCUGAACACACUGGCAAACGCUGCAGUUGCUAUGGCAGCAAGCGCUUCUCAUUGGCCACCCAGUGUUUCUGUUCCGUCUACCACGGCUACAGUUCAACAGUCGAACACAUUUCAGUUUUCUCCUAACCUGUGUACAUCUACUACAUCUGGAGCGAUUGUAUCCCCAAGUAGUUCCUUAGGUGAAUUGAUGCAUACAACAUCUAAUUCUACUUCAGAUCUUACUACACCUCUUUUAUCAAGCUUAGGACAAACAAGCCUUACAGUUUAUCCAGUUCAUGUUUCUGCAAAUGGUUCGACUGUAUUGAUGGCUGCACCAGUAACAACAACUACAACUUCAACAGCCUCUCUUAACACUUCUAGACCAUGUAUUACAACCAAUACAUCGGUUCCUGUCUGUUCUUCAUCGUUUGGAAAUUAUUUAAAUUCAGUUAGUGAGACAUCUACCUUAUCUCCAUUGUCCAUUACAUGUAAUUCUAAUCUAUCUACAAAUUCAGUUACUAGUCCUGGACUUGUUAUGUCAUCAAUUCCACGUGGAAAGCCUAAGUUUAAGGCAUUGUGGGAGUCUACACUUUCUGGUAAUAGUGAUCGUAUUAAUCAGCCAUCUACUGGCGGUGAAUCUUCAACAAAUUACGAUCAAACGAUGAGUCGUUCUCUUGAGGAAUGCACGACAGCGACAAUAACAACGACCACAACAACUUCAGGAUCAUCAUCAAGAAUAAGUCGUUCAAAUAAACGUCAGUCACCUAUGCUCGGAGCUAAGUCAAUCGGUCAGACACCUAAGCGCCUUGCUGCAACAGCAGCAUCCCUUUCACAGGAAAAUAAAUCUAAUUCUUCAGAUGGUUGUAGAAAAAAGUUUCUUCUUAUUUGUUCUCCGCCCAAAAAUACACCAAUAAAAAGCCAAAUGGAAUUAGAUUCUGGUACAUUCUUACCUGGUAAUAAUCCUACUUCUGAGUCCAACCUAUUAUCAGCUGUUACAUCAUCAUCAUCGUCAUCAUCUGUAGAAGUUAAUGCAAUAGAAUCUCGUAAGUCUACUUCUGGACAACCAACAACUAUGUCUGAUGAUCGUGAAACACUGAGCAAAGUGACAGAACGUAAUUCUACUGUUACAACUGCCACUGCUAAUAGCAAUCCCUUGAAACAUUGCACAGGAUCCAAUAUUUCAUCUAGUCGUGAUUCAUCAGAUAUUGCUGAUUCAGAUCCUAUUGGUUGUGAAGUAUUUGCUGGAAAAACAUUUGAAAGUGGAAGACGAAGUUUAAAAGAAGAAACGUGGCCACCUAGUGUUUCUGUUCCGUCUACCACGGCUACAGUUCAACAGUCGAACACAUUUCAGUUUUCUCCUAACCUGUGUACAUCUACUACAUCUGGAGCGAUUGUAUCCCCAAGUAGUUCCGUAGGUGAAUUGAUGCAUACAACAUCUAAUUCUACUUCAGAUCUUACUACACCUCUUUUAUCAAGCUUAGGACAAACAAGCCUUACAGUUUAUCCAGUUCAUGUUUCUGCAAAUGGUUCGACUGUAUUGAUGGCUGCACCAGUAACAACAACUACAACUUCAACAGCCUCUCUUAACACUUCUAGACCAUGUAUUACAACCAAUACAUCUGUUCCUGUCUGUUCUUCAUCGUUUGGAAAUUAUUUAAAUUCAGUUAGUGAGACAUCUACCUUAUCUCCAUUGUCUAUUACAUGUAAUUCUAAUCUAUCUACAAAUUCAGUUACUAGUCCUGGACUUGUUAUGUCAUCAAUUCCACGUGGAAAGCCUAAGUUUAAGGCAUUGUGGGAGUCUACACUUUCUGGUAAUAGUGAUCGUAUUAAUCAGCCAUCUACUGGCGGUGAAUCUUCAACAAAUUACGAUCAAACGAUAAGUCGUUCUCUUGAGGAAUGCACGACAGCGACAAUAACAACGACCACAACAACUUCAGGAUCAUCAUCAAGAAUAAGUCGUUCAAAUAAACGUCAGUCACCUAUGCUCGGAGCUAAGUCAAUCGGUCAGACACCUAAGCGCCUUGCUGCAACAGCAGCAUCCCUUUCACAGGAAAAUAAAUCUAAUUCUUCAGAUGGUUGUAGAAAAAAGUUUCUUCUUAUUUGUUCUCCGCCCAAAAAUACACCAAUAAAAAGCCAAAUGGAAUUAGAUUCUGGUACAUUCUUACCUGGUAAUAAUCCUACUUCUGAGUCCAACCUAUUAUCAGCUGUUACAUCAUCAUCAUCAUCAUCAUCAUCUGUGGAAGUCAAUCCAAUAGAAUCUCGUAAGUCUACUUCUGGACAACCAACAACUAUGUCUGAUGAUCGUGAAACACUGAGCAAAGUGACAGAACGUAAUUCUACUGUUACAACUGCCACUGCUAAUAGCAAUCCCUUGAAACAUUGCACAGGAUCCAAUAUUUCAUCUAGUCGUGAUUCAUCAGAUAUUGCUGAUUCAGAUCCUAUUGGUUGUGAAGUAUUUGUUGGAAAAACAUUUGAAAGUGGAAGACGAAGUUUAAAAGAAGAAACGGUUAGUGAUGAUGAAGCAAGACGUCGGGCCAAACGACGCGAGCGCAAUCGGGUUGCAGCAGCUAAAUGUAGACAAAGAAGACAAGAUCAAAUUGAAGAAUUGCAACAUCGUGUUGAUGCGUUGACUAGAACAGGACAAGAACUUCGUUCAUCUCUUCAUUCACUAGAUUUAGAACGAGCUAAACUGGAAACGCUUAUUGAAGAACACAAAAUUGCAGGUUGUCCAGCUGCUGAGAAAAUUUUAUCAUUGAGUAAAAAUUGUUCAGAUAAUUCUGGAUCGUUUGAAAAUUAUGCAGAUAAUUUAAAGACAGAUGAAUUAAUGCUGGAUAGUGGAUAUUGUGAUGGUGAGAAUAUAGUGCCUGUUGCGUCACUGUCGUCUUCUUCCACCAUUGACUCUUCGACUACACUGACUACUGUUACUACCAGUAACAGCUGUAAACCAAUAUCAAAUCUUGUAAAUAUUCAUCCUUGCCCGCCUAAGUUAGAUAUACGCUGUCAUAAUAUUCGACCUAAUACGUCUUCUUCUUCAUCAUCAUCAUCAUCUCUACCUUUUGUUUCCAAUAAUUCUGUUCAUUACUACUGCUACUACUAUACUACUACUACUAGUAGUAGUUGUAGCAAUGAUAACAAUUCUAUCAUCACUAAAAGUAAUAAUAAUACUAAUUGUCUUAUACUCAGUACUGAUGAAGAUUAUAAUCAAUCAGUUUUAGUGCUUAAACCGGAACCUGAGGCCAGUGGGGCAUCUAGGUGUGCUACUACUACUACUACUAGUACUAAUACUAUCACUACAAUUACUGGCUCUACACCAUCAGCAACAGCAACAACGACAACGACAACAACAACAACCACUCUGACACCAUCGGUAGGUACAACAACAAGCGCAACACGCCUUAUUUCCCGACCAUCAACUCUUCUACCGUUAUCAACAUUGUCAACAGCAACAACAACAGCAUCUGCAACAUCAGCUCAACCAUUAGAUAUGUUGAAAGCUCAACGUCAAGCAUUAUCUAAAGUAGCUGAUUGUGUAAAUCAAGUGAUACCAUCAUUGUCAAAUACAUCAACAUCAUGCUUUUGGUCAUCGAAUGAUUUACAAAAUUUGUCGCCUAUACUUACACCGUCAACAUGGAAAUUAUUAAAAAAUUUAACUUCUGCAAGUAGUAAUAACAGUAGUGUUGGUAGUAUUAGUAACAACAAUAAUAAUAAUAACAAUGGUAAUAAUAAUAAUAGCAGCAGCAGCAGCAGUAGUAGUGGUAGUAUUAUUGGUAGUAAUACUAUUCAACAAUCUUUCCUUUUAACACCAACAUUGAGUCCACUUUAUUCUGCCUUACCCACACAAACAUUUACUUCAUUAACAAGUAUGGAGGCAUUGAGAUCUAUAAACAAUAAUAGUAAUAGUAAUAAUAAUAUCAGUACAACGAUAGAUGAAUCGAAUUCACUAUCAAAUGUAAAUAAUACUAGUCAAUCUAUUAUUAGUGGUCAGCAUACAAAUGUUGCAUCAUUGUUGUUCAGUACUAAAGUUGCUUUGAGUAACUGUGAUAGUAGUAAAAGUGAGUUAUCAAGUCAUCUACAUCAUCCCUCAGCUCUUUCUACUAUUACUAAUACUACUACAACAGCCACUACUCAUCCUCAUCAUCACCAUCAUCAUCAUGGCAACAGUAAUGAUGAACUUAGUCAUCCUGUACAAAUACAACAAUCAACUCAAUUAAAUGGACAAUGA